AUGAAUAUCUACGUGUUUCUCAUUCUUUUCUCUGGUUUGUCCUCUGUUUUUGGUAAAGACGAUUUGGAUCAGGAAAAUGUUUUACAGUUUGUGUUGAAGGAAUUACAGUCUCUGCGUUCUCGAGUUUCUGAGUUAGAAAACAUUAUCGGAAAUCAGAAUGAAAUUAUCGUUGACCAAAAUAUACGAAUAAACCAGCUGGAGAAACUAACCUCGAUUAAACACCCUGGUGACAAAGCUGUUACAAAAUCGAAAUCGAUGGUUGAUACUGCAGAACUUAUGAAGCAGUUCAGUCCAGUGCAAUCUAAUAAAACACGUGUUGGAUUAAAUAGAAUCACUUCUGCAGGGCACGUGAAUGAUAACAAAAGGAUCAGGAGGGAAGCAGCUAGAAUUCUAGAGGUGCAGCCAAUUGCGUUUUAUGCUUACAUGAGUGGCACUUUGAAUACCCCUGGUGGACAUCAUACUCUGAUUUUUGACACUGUCAAGACGAAUCAAGGCAACGGAUACCAUCCCCAUGUCGGGGUUUUCAUCGUCCCUAAGUCUGGAACCUAUUUCUUCACAUGGACAAUGUCUCUCGGACAAUCCUCCUAUCACUCAACGGAACUUGUCCUUAAUAAUGUCCCUAAUGGCGCGAUUUAUAUUCACACAAAUGCAGGCCAGCGUGAUAGUGCUACUGGAAACCUCAUCCUUACUGUGAACACAGGAGAUGAAGUCUUUAUUCGCACAAGGCAUGAUUACAAUUCUGGCAUCAUCUUAAGUGAUGAAUACAGCAGAACGGAUUUUUCUGGAUUUCUUAUCGAAUAACCUAUGUUUUUAAGCUCAAUAACAUGUA